AUGAACAUUGUUGUGAACAAACAAGACUAUACAAACCCGCCUGGAUGGCUGGCAUGUCUGCUUCGACACCCUGUAUAUGGUGAACGACUACAAACCACGAAUUUUGAUUUUGAGGCACUUGAGAACUUUCCACAGAAACGACUUCUGUCAAAGGCAUAUCACAAUGUGAAAACAUUGGCAAAUAAAAGCGACCUGCGACGAUAUGCUGUUUUAUAUCAUUUUGGGGGAAUCUGGGUUGAUCUGGAUAACUUAAUUGUCAACGAUAUGCGACCUUUGUUUGGGUUUGACUUUGUGUAUGCCUCUGGAAGUCGAUUAAACGGUGCAGUUCUCGGUGUUUCUGGUCCACAGUCUCUCUUUAUGCGCGCUGCAAUUGACCAUGCUAUUACCACCUUCGAAACAAACAGAUAUCCCAAGAGCUACUAUAAGUUUGCAGACGAUUUGUUCAAAGAUCUGGACAAAAAAUACAAGAAGCUUUUUCUCAAGCUCAGUGGAUGUCUGUUUGAAUCUAGUUGGGGUGGAAAGUUUCAGCAUGCUCCAUCGAAUUCAGAUUUCUGGAGGCAUCCAACAAAGCCAGAAAAUGAGGGCUUUUUCUUAGAUCCUACUGGCAUGUUUACAUAUCACUGGCAUGGCAAUUGGGGGUUGGGUAUCACACCCACGUCUUUUGGUUCAGUGGCCCACUCCAAUUAUGUAAGAGAGUUAGAAUUGGAUCGAUCGAUAUUUCAACCUGCCGAAGAACAUAAUUGGUCGCGACCGACAGAAAUGCUGCUUAAUCGAUGA